GGUAAUGGUGAAAGAUAAGUGUGUAUUUUUAGUAGUUUAUUGGAAGCUCUGAAAUCGAAAGAUACAAGUUGUCUAGUGCCGUUUCAGUUUGGUAAAUUGGUUUUCUCUUUUAGUAUUACCAAGAAAAGGUCACUUCAAGACAUUCUCAUUUUGUUCAGAGCUCCCAAUAAGAAUAAUGCUAAAAAAAGUUGAAUUGUUGUGAAGACAAAAGUGAAGAAGAAGCAGAGUAACAGAGCUUGUUUGUUUUCUUUCAUAAAGGGCAAAGCAUUUCAGUUUGUAAGAUUUAAGACAAAUGGCUUCCUGCAAGGAUGGUAAGUCGGUGUUGGAUAACGGAAAGUAUGUCCGGUAUACACCUGAGCAGGUUGAAGCUCUUGAGAGGCUUUAUCAUGAUUGUCCUAAACCAAGUUCAAUGCGCCGUCAGCAGCUUAUCAGAGAAUGUCCUAUCCUCUCUAACAUUGAACCUAAGCAAAUCAAAGUUUGGUUCCAGAAUCGAAGAUGCAGGGAGAAACAGAGGAAAGAGGCGUCAAGGCUUCAGUCUGUGAAUAGGAAGCUGACGGCAAUGAACAAGCUAUUAAUGGAAGAAAAUGACAGAUUACAGAAGCAAGUUUCUCAACUGGUGUAUGAAAAUGGCUACUUUCGCAGGCAAAGUCACAGUACUCCGCUUGCUACGAAAGAUACCAGUUGUGAUUCAGUGGUGACUAGUGGUCAGCACCACUUGACAUCUCAGCAUCCCCCGAGGGAUGCUAGUCCUGCAGGACUUUUGUCCAUUGCAGAAGAAACUUUAACAGAGUUUCUUUCAAAGGCUACUGGAACUGCUGUUGAGUGGGUCCAAAUGCCUGGAAUGAAGCCUGGUCCGGAUUCCAUUGGAAUCAUUGCUAUUUCUCAUGGUUGCACUGGCGUGGCAGCAAGAGCUUGUGGCCUGGUUGGUCUAGAGCCAACGAGGGUCUCCGAAAUCCUUAAGGAUCGACCUUCUUGGUAUCGUGACUGCCGGGCUGUUGAAGUUCUCAAUGUGCUGCCUACUGCCAAUGGUGGAACCAUUGAACUCCUUUACAUGCAGCUUUAUGCACCAACAACAUUGGCACCUGCCCGUGAUUUCUGGCUCUUACGGUAUACAACUGUUAUGGAUGAUGGCAGUCUCGUGGUGUGUGAAAGGUCACUUGGAAAUACUCAGAAUGGUCCAAGUAUGCCACCUGUUCAGAAUUUUGUGAGAGCAGAAAUCCUACCUAGUGGAUACCUGAUUAGACCUUGUGAGGGGGGUGGUUCAAUUAUCCACAUUGUUGAUCAUAUGAAUUUAGAGGCAUGGAGUGUGCCUGAAGUCUUACGCCCACUUUAUGAGUCAUCAGCAGUGCUAGCUCAGAAGACGACAGUGGCUGCACUACGCUACCUCAGGCAGAUUGCACAGGAGGUUUCACAGACUAAUGUUACUAACUGGGGAAGACGACCCGCAGCUCUACGUGCAUUAAGCCAGAGGCUGAGCAGAGGCUUCAAUGAGGCUCUUAAUGGUAUAGCUGAUGAGGGCUGGUCAAUGCUCGAUAGCGAUGGAAUGGAUGAUGUUACCAUCCUUGUGAACUCUUCUCCUGACAAGUUGAUGGGCUUAAACCUUCCUUUUGCAAAUGGAUUUUCACCGAUGAGCAAUGCGGUUAUGUGUGCAAAAGCAUCAAUGCUUCUACAGAAUGUGCCUCCUGCUAUACUUCUCAGGUUCCUUCGUGAACAUCGAUCUGAAUGGGCAGACAACAAUAUAGAUGCUUAUGCUGCUGCAGCCAUUAAAGUUGGUCCUUGCAGCUUACCUGGGGCUCGAGUUGGUAACUUCGGGGGUCAAGUGAUACUUCCACUCGCUCACACUGUUGAGCAUGAAGAGUUGCUGGAGGUCAUUAAGUUGGAAGGUCAUUCUCCUGAGGAUGCGAUAAUGCCACGAGAUAUGUUUCUAUUGCAACUAUGCAGUGGAAUGGAUGAAAAUGCUGUUGGAACUUGCGCCGAACUCGUGUUUGCUCCUAUUGAUGCCUCUUUUGCUGAUGAUGCACCAUUGCUUCCGUCUGGAUUUCGCAUUAUUUCACUUGAAUCUGGAAAGGAAGCGUCCAGUCCAAAUCGUACCCUUGAUCUUACUUCUGCUCUUGAGACUGGCCCAGCGGAAAACAAAGCGGCCAAUGACCUUCACACUAGUGGUGGCUCAUCAAGAUCUGUCAUGACAAUUGCUUUUCAAUUUGCUUUUGAAAGCCACAUGCAAGAGAGUGUUGCUUCAAUGGCUCGACAGUAUGUCCGAAGCAUUAUUUCAUCUGUUCAAAGAGUUGCCUUAGCACUUUCACCAUCUCACUUGGGUUCUCAUGGAGGUCUUCGUUUGCCAUUGGGGACUCCUGAAGCACAUACAUUAGCUCGUUGGAUCUGCCAAAGUUACAGGUGCUUUUUGGGCGUGGAGCUUCUGAAAUCAAAUACUGAUCAAGGAAGUGAAUCAAUCCUCAAAAGCCUAUGGCAUCACUCAGAUGCUAUUAUCUGCUGCUCUGCUAAGGCUUUGCCAGUUUUCACAUUUGCAAAUCAGGCUGGUCUUGACAUGCUCGAGACAACCUUGGUUGCACUUCAAGAUAUUACCUUGGAGAAAAUAUUUGAUGAUCAUGGAAAGAAGAACCUCUGCACUGAGUUCCCACAGAUAAUGCAACAGGGUUUUGCAUGUCUACAAGGGGGAAUUUGCUUGUCAAGCAUGAGCAGACCUAUUUCUUAUGAGAGAGCAGUGGCAUGGAAAGUUAUGAACGAAGAAGAUACUGCUCAUUGUAUCUGUUUCAUGUUUGUCAACUGGUCAUUUGUCUAAGUUGUUACAUUUCUUUAGAUCUGUUUUAAAGGGAUCA